GCGAUCGUCGCGCGGUAUAGAGUGCACACGUUCCAAUGUCUAACCGGCAGCAGUUAUUUCCUCGCGGCGCGUGCCUUUCGCGCGAUCGUCACGCGUGCAAUUUCUCGUGAGAGAGGUCAAGGGGAGUCCGACAAACCUCUCAGCCUCGACUGCUUGUUCUCCUCUUUCUUUCGUCAAAGUGUUCUUAUCACACUCGCCCACUCCUUGUAACUGUCAUAUUCAUUUGUGACCGGGGUUUUAUAGUGCGUGAAUUAACUUGGCCGACACUGUGAAUGUGACAUUGUGUGAGUCUGGUGAACUAUCAUCGAAGACAAUUAAGACUGUAUAACUGACGUGCGGUGAUCAUGGAUUGGAAAUUCGGAUUGCUGUUUGCCUGUCUACUCGUCGAUGGGAACGAUCGCGUGCACGGUUACGAGGACGAUCGCGUGGAAAACUCGAAGCUCGGAAAAACGUUGCAUCGGAUCAACGGAAGGUUAAAAGGCAAUUCGAUGGAAUUGUUCUCUCGUUGUUCGAAACGGUGCACAAACACGCGUGAGAAUGGCUUCACGUUCCCAACGUCGAACGAUUCAUUGGCCGACACGAUUAUCGCUGUCACGCUUCGAUUCCCGCGCUCUCUGGAGUUUUCUCUUUGAAGCUUCGAGAAUUUAUACGAUUGCGUUGAGGAUGCUGGAACUGGUGGUACCGCAGCACGUAGUCCGUGGUCAAAAUAUCAAACUAGAAUGCAACUUCAAUCUGGAUGGGGAAACGUUGUACUCAGUGAAAUGGUACAAAGACGGAAACGAGUUCUAUCGAUACGUACCACAGGAAAGGCCGCCUGUGCUCGUUUUUCAGCUGCCAGGUGUCACGGCGAACAUUCACAAUUCAACCGAAAGAUCGGUCGUUCUCCAUUCUGUGAAUUUAAUGAGCACCGGAAGAUACAGAUGUGAAGUGUUAGCCGAGGCGCCAUAUUUUCAAACGGUUUCCGAUCACUCGGACAUGCUGGUAGUGGCUCUACCGGAAGACGGUCCCAUUAUCACUGGUAGACCAGGAAGGCAUCGUUAUCAGGUCGGUGAUGUGGUUCGGUUCAAUUGCACUUCGGCGAAAUCGAAACCAGCUGCCAUACUCAGCUGGUUCAUCAACGGGGAGCCUGUUGACACGCAAUACUUAAGAGGGCCUCACAUCACCGAGGUGGAUCGCGAGGGUUUGGAAACGGCUGUGCUAGGUCUGGAGUUUCGUCUGCGUACGAAGCACUUUAAGAGGGGUGAUCUGAAGAUCAAAUGCCUGGCAACGAUAGCGACUGUAUAUUGGAAAUCGAACGAGCUCAGCAUAGAGGGUGAAAGGCCCCUCAAGAUGCCCGUUAUGGAGAGCAGGGAGACAAGGGCGCAAGGCCAUACGCAUGCGGAACAUAUCUUAGGGGGAAGCGGAAGCAACAUGUUAGCACCAUGCAUCUUCCUUCUGAUGACAAGUAUAUUGAUUCUACGAUAAGAAGACUCAAGAUGUGGUGCAUCGUCCUUUUCGUGCUCAUCCUUUUCAGGUCUCCUCAAAUCGUGACAUGUGGAGAUCUCUGGUGUACUAAAUUAUCCGUGUUGUUUCUAUUUUUUAUAAUCGCAGUUAGUGAAGUUAGUGAGAACAUAGACGAGAGAAUAUACUUAAUAAAAAUAUAUGUCAGUAUGUUAUAAAGUUAGAGAAUGAAAAGACGGGUGUUGUAAAUUCGUACUUGCUGAAUCACUUUAUAAAUCUCUGUGCAUCUUCCAUCAAUUUGUAUACUUUCGAUACUUUUUCUUUAUAUACUGCCUCUUUGUACAAGCUUGAUAUAUCUCUGAAAGUUUUUAAAUUUAAAUUCUAAAUUUUAGAAUUUAAAAUAUUUUUAUAGAUUUAAUUUAAAAUCCUUAAAUUUGAAUUUUGAAAUUCUAGAUUUUUAUAUAUAAGAUGCAUAGAAAUUUAAGGAUUCAUUAAAUAUAUCAUCAUAUGGUUACUUGAAAAAAAGAUUUUAUUCAAUUGUUGAUACAAGAAAACAAAGUUUAAAAAACAAACUCGAUUUAUAAAUCUAUGUUUGUAUCUUCAGAUUCUUGAAAUUGCCGCUCUAUGUACUUUUCUUUCCUUCUCUUUUAUUGUCUUUUAUUGUUAAGGAAAUCACAAAAUGAAUGAACAAAUAAUAAUCAAUAACAAUGAACGAAUGAAUGAAUGAACGAAUGAAUGCUGAGCAUAUUUAUAUUCUAAUUGUACACGAGUGUUUCUAUCGUCCAGUUGCAUGAGAGCAAAAAAACAUUUUAAUCCGGUGAGAGUGUUCUUGACAUAGCUUUUAUCAAUCUAGUCGCUAUUAAUCAACUGCAGAGAUAUGUAUGUUAUUCUAGAAAUUAUUGUGAAUCGUGUGUAUGUGUGUGAAUGUAGAGUGUAUUUUACCAAAGAAUAUUUUACGCUAAAUAACAUUCCUAAUUGUUACAAGUGAAAUACAUAGAGUGAGUUGGAAAACCACUCUUUGCAUAUCGUAUUUUACUGUAAGAAUGCACACUGUACAUAUGUACAUAAAUUGAACUUUUAUCUUUAAUUUAACGUUCUGAUAAAUAAAACGGCGUUUACAUCGAUGGAUCAGACAAAAA